AGACGGGAACUUUCAGCGCAUGAAGCUGAAGAGAACCGUAUUCUUCUCGCCCUCUCCGAAGUAAGCAAUAAGAUAAAAAUAACGAAGACCGAGCUUGCAGAAAUUACUAAUGAAUGGAAAAGGGGGAAAAGUCCAGAUUUAUUAUUCAAAAUCGAUGCUGACGUUAUUGAGUUAGACCUUUCGUUAUUACAGGAACAACAGCAACAACAAUCGCAUGCUAGUGGUUCAGAUUUUAAAACUUCUCAACUUGAGAAGCAAUCUAGGAUUACAAUAGAAGACCCUGAGGAUGAGAUUCGUUCUUCCGGUACGGAUGAAGACUUCAAUAGGGAAAUAGGUGAUGAAGGAAGUCCUAGUACUGCUGUGGAUAGUGACUUCGAUGGAGAAAUAGGUGAAGAGCCUAACGAAGAAGGAAACAAUAAUGUCUCUCCUGAUACCGUU